CUCAAGAAAACAUAGCAGACUAUAUUGAGCUAGCCAGCCAUGGCCACUUCAACUCAUCCAAUAUCGUCCACCAAAAACAUUUCCUUCAUCUCCACCAACUCGUCUUCUCCCCGUAACUUUUCCAGACGACCUUCCCAAAUCUUUCUCAACCCCAACCCCAGCAGGGCAGCAAGACGUGGUGACGUCAUCAAGAUCCGGUGCGCUGCAGCCUCGUCGGAGGGGCGUGAAAACCCGGCGGACAGCAGCCUCUCUGAGGCGAAACUUGACCGGAGAAAUGUCCUUCUGGGCCUCGGCGGCCUCUACGGCGCUUACAACAUCGCCGGCGGCUCCAACCCCUUUGCCCUUGCCUCCCCUAUCCCGCCCCCUGAAACUAAAUCCUGCGGCCCUGCUACCAUUUCCAACAGCAAUGGUAAGCCCGUCCCAUACUCUUGUUGCCCUUCCACCCUCAUGGAUACUGCCAGUGCUGACUACUAUAAGAUCCCCAGUUUUUCCAAGCUUAAUGUCAGGCCGGCCGCUCACGCCAUAGACGACGACUACUUGGAGAAGUACAAGACCGCCAUUCAGAAAAUGAAGGAUCUCCCCUCCGAUGAUCCCCGAAACUUCUACCAGCAAGCUAACGUCCACUGCGCUUACUGCAAUGGCGCUUAUCAACUCGCCGGCAAGCCCUAUCAGAUCCACUUCACCUGGCUCUUCUUCCCUUUCCACAGAUGGUACUUGUACUUCUACGAAAGGAUCUUGCAAAGUCUGAUAGACGACCCAACAUUCACGUUGCCGUACUGGAACUGGGACAAUCCACAGGGCAUGAUUCUCCCGGAGAUCUUCGACGACGACGAGGAAUCGCCGCUGUACGACAAGAAGCGCAACCAGGCCCACCGCAGGGGAUACGUGACGGAUCUAGCAUACGCCGGCCAAGAAACCUCCGCCAGCGACUUCCAAAAGGUGAAAAACAAUCUGGCGAUUAUGUACCGGCAAAUGUUGACGAACGCGCCGUGUCCGUUGCUGUUCUUUGGCAAAGCUAUUCGCAAAGAAACGGGGGACACCGGUCCCGGCAUGGGGACCAUCGAGAACGUCCCGCACAACUCUAUCCACCGAUGGGUGGGUGACCCCAGAAGUCCUCAUAAUGAGAACAUGGGUAACUUCUAUUCUGCUGCUAUAGAUCCGGUGUUUUAUUGCCACCAUUCCAAUGUAGACCGCAUGUGGACCAUUUGGAAGACUCUCGGUGGCAACCGGAAGGAUAUCACCGACCCCGAUUGGCUCCAAACUGAGUUCCUCUUCUAUGACGAAACCAAGACUCUCGUCAAGGUUAAGGUUGAAGAUUCUCUGGACAACGUGAAGCUUGGCUACACUUUUCAGAAAAUGCCCACUCCAUGGAAGGACUUCAAACCCACAAGGAAAAGAAGGGCAAAAUUGAGGAGCAAAGCGUCAGUUUCCGCAUCCACUAGCGUCUUGCCGGCAACCUUGAACAAGAUUACAACGUUCUGCGUGACGAGAUCGCCGACAUCGAAAACCCCGGGGAAGGAGGAGCUGCUGGAUCUCCACCUAGCCUUCGACGACACGCAGUUUAUACGGUUCGAUGUGUUCGUGAACGAGGACGACGACGUGAAUACCAAGGAGCUGGACAGGGUCGAGUACGCCGGCAGUUUCUCCAACUUGGCACAUGUGCAUAAAGACACCUCCACUACUGCCAAUUCUACAAUCAAGACGCCGACGUUUAGCCUGGCCAUCUCGGAGCUGCUUGAGGACUUGCGGCUGGAAAAUGACGACAAGAUUCUGGUGACUUUGGUGCCAAGAGCUGGGGGUAGUUUCGUCACCGUCAACAAGGCCUAUACCGAAAUUAUCGAUUGCUAAGAUCGAUCUAUCCCAUCCUAUCCUAUCCAGGAAUAUAAUAGAAUGCCGACAGGCAUGUAUGUAUGUAUAUUCAUGUUGUUCGUGCCUCCGUACCCGUGGUGCUACUUGAAAUAAGCUAAGGUGUUUAAUUGUUUGAUGUAAUAAUAAGUGCUCACUCCACAAAUCCUAUCAGUUCAGAGUGUGGGAAUUCCGGACUAGAGAUUUCGCCUUUGUGAGCAAGUAACGUGUUAUGCAUGUGUGUAUUGUACUGUGUAGUGGUUGGUAAGAAUUGUGGGUUCUGCAAUUAAUAAUUGUAAUAUCUAUCUCCUUUUCAGUGUAAUAAAUAGUGUUUUUGUUGUUGUCUUGUUU